UUUGUUAAAUGACAAUUGUUGACGUGGACACGUGGAUGGUGUUUGCAUUAUAUAAAGGAAAUUUCGAUUAAUAUGUGUUUUUAAUUAACGUAAGGAACUUUUCGUUAAAAUGGUACGUGGUAAAAGGCCAGUUCGCGGUGGAAAAAGAAAAUUCCACCAACAUAAUUCUCGACCGAAGCCAAAGAAAGGUAAAUUUAACCUAAAAGAGGCUUCAUAUGUCAAGGAUCGCGAAAUUAAAAAUAAAGAAAUUGAGAAACGUAGGAAAAUGUUGGAAGAGGAAAAAUUACAGCGACAAGAAUUAGAAAGUGAUAGUUCUGGUGAUGAACGCGAGAAUCCAAUGCAAAAUUUGUUAUCCACGUUUUCAAACACGAAUAACCUACAAGUGACUGCUAUCGAAUCUAACUCAGAAAGUGAUACUUUCAGUGAUAAAGAUGAUAUUGAGGAAAAUAACGACGUCAGUGACAAUGUAACAGUACACUUGGACAAUAUCGGUGAAGAGGCAGAUAUUAUAGAAGAUAAUGUAUUCAUUAAAGUGAAAGAUGUUAGCGAAGAAGAUCCUGAAACUGCUCAAGAAGAUGCUGGAUAUUUAAAUGAUCCAUUUUCUAUUCAUCUUCGUAAUGAUUUAAGUGAUAAACUUUAUGAAGCAGUUUCUUCUAUUCCACAGACUGCAGAAACACAGAAAAUAACAUGGCGUGUUCUAGGAAAUCUUACAUGCCAAAUUCCAAAACCCUUGGAAGAUGCAAAUGAUGCAAUGAAAAAAUCAAACACUUCUCUUUUUGAAAAUAAGCAGUUUGCAAAAUGUGGUACCAUUCCUUCUUUAAUUGAUACAAUAAAUUGGAACAAAUUAUAUGUAAAAUCUCAAAUUCAGGGUAAUAUCACAGAAGCAAAUUAUUUAAAUAUAAAAGAUAAUACGGGUACAAAUCCAACUUCUCUAACUUCUUUGCAAAGAGAGUUAUUUUCAAUAAUAAAUAAUUAUCAAGAUUUAUAUUAUCCUGAGAGGACAUUUGCUAAUGCUGAUCAAAUAAGAUUCAUAUAUUGUCUACAUGCAAUUAAUCAUGUAUUAAAAACACGAACAAAAAUACUACACCACAAUGCAAAAAUGGCAAAAUGUACAAAUAUGGCAGAAAUUCCAGAUGAAUAUAGGGAUCAGGGACUAAUGAGACCAAAAAUUUUAAUAGUAGUUCCUUUUAGGCAUUCAUGUUUAAAAAUUGUCGAAUUAUUAAUAUCUAUUUUAAUUGGAGAAGACAAAGGUGGCUCUGUAAUGAACAAGAAAAGAUUCAUGGAAGAUUUUAGUGGCAAUGAAUUAGCAUUACCAAAAAGAAAUCCAAAACCUGAAGAUUAUGAGUUGACCUUUGCAGGAAAUACAGAUGAUACAUUUAAAAUAGGAAUUGCUGUUACAAAGAAGACAUUAAAAUUAUAUUCAGAGUUUUAUUCCUCAGAUAUAAUAAUCACAUCUCUGUUAGGUUUAAGAAUGUUAGUAGGUGCAGAAGGUGAAGCAGACAGAGACUAUGAUUUCUUAGCGUCUAUAGAAUUAUUAAUCCUUGACCAAGCAGAAUUAUUUUUAAUGCAAAACUGGGACCACAUGGUUCACGUUUUAAAUCAUUUACAUUUGCAACCAAAAGAUUUUCAUGGCACAGAUUUUUCUAGAGUAAGAAGUUGGUGCGUGAAUGGGUGGACUAAAUACUAUAGACAGACAUUGAUAUUUUCAAGCAUUCAUGUACCUGAAAUUUAUGGAAUAUUUAAUAAGAAAUGUUACAAUUAUGCGGGAAAAGUUAAAAUAAUAAAUCCUAUUUCUUCUGGUUCUAUUUGUCAAGUAGUUGUCCAAGUUCCACAAGUGUUUCAUAGAUUUGAAAUUUCAAAUUAUUCCCAAGCCUUGGAAUAUAGAAUGGAAUUCUUCAUAACAAAAAUACUUCCUCAGUACAAAGAUAGAAUUAUGAAUCAUACGUUAAUAUUCAUUCCGUCUUACUUUGAUUUCGUGAAAUUGCGAAAUUAUUUCAAAAAAGAAGAAUACAGUUUUGUACAAAUAUGCGAAUAUUCUAAAGAUGCAAAAAUAGCAAGAGCAAGAGACAUGUUCUUUCACAGUGAUGCACACUUUCUCUUAUAUUCGGAACGAUUUCAUUUUUUCCGUAGAAUAAGGGUAAAAGGUAUACGACACAUUAUAUUUUACGCACCGCCGAUUUUUCCUCACUUGUACACCGAAAUGUGUAAUGUAAUGCAAGAAGCUAAUCAGAAUCGACGAGCGGGCUCUGAAAGCAACAUGACAGUUACCGUUUUAUAUUGUAAAUACGACGUUAUGCAACUUUCUGCAAUUGUGGGUACCGAAAGAGCGACUAAAAUGCUUGGAUCAGAGAAAUCUGUCCAUAUGCUUAUGACUGGUGAACAAUAAGAAAGAGAAAAA